CUUCGAUCUGAAAUCUCGUAAAACCACGCGUGAUGUAACAUGGACGGUCACGAGUGAAGAUUUUGCAGGAAUGUAAUGGCCGCCCAGCAGCCCAGUGGCGCUGACACAGAGCAAUAUGUCAGGUUUGAUCUGCUGGACUCCUCCAGCCUGGACGCUAGGAAGGAGAUCAGGGAUGUCAUUGUUGACACACUGAAACAUAGCACAAAUAAAGACAAGGAGAAGUACCAAUGGCUUCUCAAUGGACUGGUGGACUAUUACAUGACCACAAACUCAGAGCAGACAUUGGACAUCUUGACCAAUAUCGGGGAUGCUCAUGCUGUACAUCUGUUUGAGAAGUUGAAUGACUGUAUGAAGGCUAUCCAGACUCGCCUGCCCACCCUGACACUGCUGGGGCAUAUCAUAAUAAAACAACCUGCCUGGCUCCCUGUGAUAAUCAAACAACCCAUCUUAGGGGCAGUCAUCAAGUGUCUUAAGACGGACACUGAUGUUCCCAUCUUGAUGUCUGCCCUGUUAGCCAUUGUCUCUCUCCUCCCCAUGGAGCCAGUGAGAAUUCACCCGUAUUUGCCGUCAAUAUUUGAUGCCUUCAGCAGGCUGGCUUCUUUCAACAACAAAAAACCUGGAAAUGUACCAGAUAUCUAUCUUCUUCAUCUGAAUGUUGGGGUGUAUGCUCUCUUCCACCGGUUAUAUGGAAUGUACCCUGUCAACUUUGUGGAAUAUCUACGUAUUUUCUACACCAGGUCGGAGAAUCAAGAGGUCUUCAAAUCCACAGUCCAGCCCAUGCUAGAAAAGGUUAGAAUUCACCCUCUCUUGAUUCUGGGGAACAAGGAUUAUGAGUUGAGCUUAGAAAGAUGGAAGACCAUGGAGACCCAUGACAUCAUAAUUGACUGUGCUAAGAUGUCCCUGGAUCCCAUAGAGGGGACAAAGGAAGAUGUCAGCUGUCCAAUCUGGGGACCUCUGUGUGGACAGGACACCAUUUCUCCACUGGAUCACAAUAUAUACAGGGAGGGCAGUAUCAGUAGGAUGUCCAUAUCUUCUCAAGCUGAGCUGCCUAGCCAACAGGUCCCUAGCUUUGUGGUGCUGCACCCAGCUCACCAGACCCCACCCUCACAGCUCCAGGGGCUCCUGUCAAUCCCCCCUCCCUCUGCAGGCAGUGCAGAGACCCUACUGUGGUCCCCAGCCAUGACAUGUGGACUGUCAACUCCCCCACCUUCUUCCAAGGAUGUGACACCUUCUCACAGCCAUUCUGACAUGAUGGGCUCUUAUCAGGGCACUCCUACCACCCCUGCCGCCACGCCCGUAGACACACCCAGGGGUACCACACCUCCCAGUGAGGAGAGGGGGUCAGAGUUCAAGAGGUCCCACAGUAGGACCACCCAGCACCCCCUAUCUGGAGACUCCAAGACCAAUAAGCUAGGACUGAAGCUGUUUCAUCCUAAGACCCCCACCCCCACGCAGGACAAGCCUCUAUCUGACAGCAGUAUCCCAGCAUCCCCCAUGAAGAGAGACUUCACCACAAAGCCACCUGUCACUGCAAAGAGAACUUUAGCCUUCAGGGAAGAUGCUCCACUGGAGAGGGCUGAAGAUACUUUGGAGUGUUUUAACUCUGAGACUGCUUCAACGGCGCAGGCUUUGGCAGCAAAUAAGACAGCCAUAUCUGCCUCAGCCUCAGCUGGAGUUCCUAUUAAGAAGGAGCUGGUUUCCCAACUGAGGACAACAACUGCAUCAUCAUCAGGACUUAUAGCCUCCAGUCCACCAAGUAAACCUUACAUACCAACUUCCUGUCCUGAAGUAACACAGACGCCAUCUGAAACUGAGACAAUCAGGGUAGUAUCAAAACUUACAGAAACACAGCCGAUCCAGUCAGGUUUCAGUGUUCACCAUGACAAAGCCUCUGACAUUAAUGGUGAGAAAACCAAUAUCCCACCUGCACAUCAGAGGGAGGGAUCUUUACCUCGUGCAGAGAGUUCAGAGGUCAAGUUGACCCUGAAUUUAUCAUCUGUGUCAGAUGGUGUGAAGGAAACGGCUGAGGAGGAGCUGAUGAAGAAGUCAUGUGAUAGCAUGUCAAACCUUUCUGUUAAGUCCUUGCCACAUGUAAUUGAGAAGUUAUCAGAUCAUGGCUCUGCUGUGGAAAUGCAUGAUGCUGAAGAUCAAGAGAUAUGUGACAUCAACAAGAUUGAGUUUGACUUGGAAUCUGAAAGCAAAGAAGAAAUGAGUGAUGCUGAGGCACAAAAUGGUGACAGCCCAAAUGGCAGUGAGGAACUUACAGCUCAAUCCGUGGCACAGUUCAUGAAAACAGUCAACAGAAUACGCUUCAACAGCAUGAGUAUUGACCGUGAAAAGCUCAAAGAAUCCAUGUCAAUCCAAAGAGGCUCCAGGUCACUUUCCUGUCCUGAGAUGGCUGAUGAAGAGAGGACGGGUCAGUUUGACGAGGCAGCCAUCCCUGGGAAAAAGACCAGCGCCAUGAUGAUGGUUGAUGAACAGACAGAGACUGAGCUUGGGGAUAUAUAUGCAGGAGGCGCCCAACAGCCUGUCUUGGUAGUCACUCAGACUAAGCCUAUCAGUUCUGGUUUAGUUACUCUGACAACGACCAGUGUUCCCAUGGAUGCUAGAAAGGGAAGUUUAUCCUCUUCAGGCUCAAUUAAUUUGCCAGGCAUGGAUAUAGGAAUUCCCGUCACAUCUGCACAGUCUGUUCCUGGCUCUUUGCCAAAUGUUGCCAUGACGACAACAGGCAUGCUGGGAUCUCUCUCACAAGACACCCUGGCUAACUAUUACCUUCUGCAGCAUGCUGCCUCAAGAACGAGUCUCAGUACCACCGAUGGGGAUGCGGCAGUUCCGUACCAACACCUGUGGCCGACUGCGUUGCCCUACACCCCCCUGGUGCCAUGUCAGUCGUGUAUGGAGAGAGUGUAUUUAACUGCUGACAGCACACUGGUGCAGCCUACAGCACACAGCAGAACCACCCCUAGUCUACCAGGCACAGAGCUUCCUAUGUAUGCCAGUUUCUCUCCAGCUGAGAUUUUAGACCGCCACCUCCAGCUAGGAGGUGAGACGCAUGCUAAAGAAUUGAGAAAUCUCUCCCUCAUCAACCUGGAGCAUGUCAACUGGACACAUUUUGGAGGAUUGCCACCUCCAGAUGAAAUCAACAUCUUGAAAGGCCGCACGCUCCUGCUUCACAACCAGCUGAUGUACGAACGCCACAAGCGUGAGAUGCAUGCACGCAGGAACAGGAGGUUGCUGGGGAAAGUUGUGAAAAUGGCUAAGAUAGAAGAACAGAAUGUAGCAAGGGGAGAUCAGCUCAAGCUUCAGGAAGAUGAGAUCCAGCACCUGACCAGAACUCUGAACUCCAAAGGGCAGGAGAACAGGAACCUCAUGGAAGCCUUGGACAAUCUGAAGAAAGGAGGAGAACAGAAACUAAAAUCACUCACUCAAGAUAAUGAAACACUGAAAUACAAUAAUAAAGAACUACAGAACAUGUUAGUCGUCAACAGGCAGGAAAAUGAUAAUUUGCAAGAGGAAAUCUCCAGCCUGAAAGCCCAGAUAUUUCAGCUGGAAACCCAGUUGGGUUUGACCCAGGAAAAAGCAGAUAUGACUCAGGAACUUCAAGAGCAGGUUAAUCAUCUGAAUAAAGAAAUUUUAUUAAUGGGAGAGCUUCAACAGCAGUAUAAGGAGCGUCAAGAGGCUAUGAUUCUGCAGAAGGAAGUUCGCCCGCAGACUCUUUAUUUGAUAGACACAUACAAGGCAGAGAAUAACAAUAUCAGGCUAAGUCUGGACCAGAAGACCGUGGAGGUGGAGGGCUACAGGAGUCAUCUGGCCGAGGUGGAGGAACUGUUGAAAAGUAAAGAAAUGGCCAUGGCUGAGGAAAAGAAAACUUUGGAAAGAGUCAAGAACAGGCAUAAAGACCAAAUCAAGGCGAUGGAGGAAAGAUACCAGGUUAUGAAAAAAAUCAACAGGAGACAGGAGUCCCAUAUUUUAGAACUGAGUGAUAAGAUCGACAGGUUAAAAGUACAGGACAAAGCUCAGCAUGAUGCUGGCAACAGCAGCAACAACAGUCGCACAGCGAGCCCAGCGACAUCUUCCCUGAGGUAUGACAGUCCCUAUGGCAACACACCUCCAGAGAGCGCCACUCACUCUCCACACAGUCCACAAAGUCUUGGCAAACACGAAGGUUCGGCUUUCUCGCCUUACCAGGCUGGCAUCUACCCAAGUACUCUUCCCAUGGCAGCAGCAUCAAGCUUUGGUCCACGCCAUUCUCCACUCAUCACCCCCACAAUUGUCCAAUCAAAACCAGCACUGGGGUCACAUGUUUGUCAUGUGACUUCCUCCCAGCAUGCAGUGGGGUCUGCUCAAGUUGGUGUCAAUAAUCAGUACAUGCAUAGGACUGGGCAUGUAGUUGGUGGUGCUGUAGGUAACAAUAACAUGAAAACGGUGAGCAAAGUCCAGCAGGUGGACCAUGAGGUCCAGACUGACCUGACUGGAGAUGAUCUGGAAGGGGUCUGUGGUCAGUUGGCGCCACUUGGUCACCCUUCCUUGGUGACCUCCACCAGUUUGCUUCACCAGCGGAUGUUGGACUCUGCCAGUGUAGACGGCUCACGGCAGUCCUCCAAACAUAGCGCCAUGCUGGACAGUGGCUUCGCAUCAGAGAAACUGAAUUUUUAGUUUAUUCAUUUUCUGAACAGCUGCAUUUUGUAUUAGUGUUUCGCUGGCAUACAAUUUUUACAUAAUGUAUUGAAAGAAAGUGUUCUGAGGGGUGUCAUAUAGGGUAUUACAAUUAAACCUUAAUUAAAUGUACCAAGUUUUUGUAUAACUGCAUGUUGGAACAGCUUCAUGAUUUAGUAUUCUGGAAAUUUUUGUCCAGAAUAAUUAUUGUACCGAUUUUUACACCAUUUCACCAAAAAAUGGCAUGGAAUGCAUUUCCACCUCAGAUUAUCCUUCAAGUAUAUAUAUUGUGACUCAAUAGUUUUACUCACUUUUUCAAGAUUUACAUUUUUUCUGGUAGGGUUAGUAAAGUACCAUGCAAAGAGAAGUGAAAAUGUGACAAAACCAGAGCCAAAAUUCAUAAGCUUUGUUUUGACAAAAUUUAAAACAGAAGCUUGCAAAUCUACAAUGACAUUGUCAAAUGGGCAAUUUGAUAAGAUUUUUUUUUUAAAUGAAUAGGUCAGUUUCAGUCUGCAAAAUGUGAGCUUUUUUGUUGAAUUUUUUUCAGCUUCAUUUUUAGUUACAAACCUGUUCUGUUAAUAAAAAUUGUUCAGGCUA